UUCAUAUUCAAAUACCUUAGCAGCCGACAAGCGUCAAAAUGGCGGUUUUGGAGCUCUUUUCGAGCCCCAUUCAGUCAAGGUAUAAUGCCAGUUAUUGCACCAAAGCCACCGUAUUUGCCAUUUUAGCUUUCUUAUUUACAGUCAUACCACCUUUCUUGAUCGCAUAUAGAAGUGAAGGUUUUUGGAUCAAGGAAGCCUUUUACAGGGAGCAGCCCGAUGUGAAGUUCAAGCAUCAGAUUCUCCUAGUCCUGCACACUGAUUCUCAGAUUGGUUACGUCACCUGGAGUACAUACCUCAACUUCAAUCUCCUGGAACAAGCCAACCUCAGGAUACCACUCAUUAAGUCGAGAGAAGAAGAUUCUAACCGAGACGGAAAGAACGAUAAGUUCCUCUUCUCCAUUGAGGUACCUGUGCUGGACACAGAGAAGGUGCUUGGAGCUCAAGUCAUUUUCAUAUUUGACUACAGGCUAUAUAGAUUCAGUGAUGUUAGAAUGGAAUCCAUGGCGUAUGUGAGUCAUACCUCUGCCAUGCCAGGUGCUGAGCUGAAUGUGGAUGGAGAUCUCAGUCUUAGACUCAAACAGCCUUUGGCCCACAAGGGAUAUGACACAAGAUAUAAUGAUCCCAUUAUUGACUCAACCAGUGUAUUUGCAGAAGAUUAUUCAUUUAGCAAGAUCUUUUCCUCAUAUCAACAGAGAAACAUCUCCACACGUUUUGAGUGCGACUACCCAGUAUGGUUAACAGGCAGAGGAACCGGCCAGCCUUUCAUCAUCAAAGGAACCAUUUACUAUCCAGAAGAGACCAUUGUGUAUGUUCCAGGUUUCUGGCAGGUCAUCAAGUUUGGUUGGAUCCAGUACCUCUCUGUGUUAUUCCUCUUUAUAUUUUUGAUGGAGCGAGUCAAGACGUUUGUCUUCGAGAACCAGAUCGUCAACACCAUCGUCCAUCAUCCGGUCCCACAGACGUAUAAGAAUCACUUCACGUGAUCAUUAUACAGGUGUAUAUCGAGGGGCCAGUGACACAAAGACGUAACUCAAUUUUGGCCACAUUUUGAGAAAAAGUGGUUUAAGUGUCACUGAGCACUUGGGCCGCAAGGAGAUAAGUCUAUGUUUUACUACCUAUUGACUUCAAUGGGGUGUUGGAUGGAGUUAAGCCUUUGUGUUUCCUGGAAAGCCCACAUUUUUUUGAACAUUUUGAUAUCAAAUACUCAUUUUGGCAAAAUAUGGAGUUACUUCUUUGUGUCACUGAACCCACGAUAUAGUGUUUAAACACCAUCAUCAAAAUUUGUUUAGUUCUAUCUUAAAAUUUGUGAUGGAGGUGAUCAAGAUGUUUGUCCUUGGGAAGUAGAUCAUUAACUUAGUGGCAGUUACAUUUUUCUCACAUCCUGGAGUUUUGUCUGAAGUUGCUACUUGGGCCACUACCAAUAAACAUGACGCAAAACUCACCUCAGGAUUGUGUUUCUUCUCAGUGCAAGUUUUUGCAGUGUAAAUGCUAGCUCUCAAAACACUGACUUGUGAAUUAUUCCAGUUUUUGGUCACAUGUUAUGGCAUGCAGAGCAUCGACAACUGGCACAUGCGAACAACUCACACACACAGCAAACAUGCUUCAUGAAUAUGGGCCCAGAUCACCAACAACAUUAUUCAUGUUACAGUUCCAGAGGCUCCCAAAGUGUACUUUUUCAUCAAGUUUGUCAUACCCAUAACCCUUCAUUAAUAAAUCUUUUUAUCAUUGCAAUAUAUGUAACUGACAUUGUAAGGUUCUAACAUUGUUGUGACAUUGUCAACAGUUUAUUUAUGGCUUCAAUCAUUUAGAUCCAUCAAUGGAGUGUGUCUUCAUUAGACAAUGACACCGAUUGCUUAAAAUGGCAAGGCAAAAUAUUUUACUUAUUGCCUAUCCAAAUUUUAAAUUGAGCAUGGAAAAAAUCAUUUCAAUGGUGAACUAACUCAAAGUGUUAGAUGAUAAAAUGCAAAACUAAUUUUUCUAGCUUGAUCAUCAACAAAAAUGAUACAUCUAAUGUCUGCAUUUUCUGUCAUUUCAUCCCACCUAUAACAAAUGUACCAUGAAACCAAAGGAAGAGGAUUUGUUUUUUAUGUGAAGUUUUCAGAAUGUUACCAUGUAAGAUUAUUUUGUAUGUACAUGUAUUAUGGUGGCUCCCCCUAACCUACCACCUCCAGACAUCUAUCCCCAAGGACAAUAAUUACCCCCAGAAAAUAUACUUCUUAAAAAAUAUCGUAGGACAAUUAUUCCAGACAACUACGUCAGACAACUCCCCCCCCCCCCCUUAUGGAAUUUACCCCUAUAGACAACUACCUACAGGGUAAUUGAAAUAUGGAGUAAUUUUUCUGGAGGGUAAUUAUCCUAGGAACUAGUUUUCCGUGGUCUAGAUUUCCAGGGGGGGGGGGGGGGUGAUAGCCCAGGGUAGUUUUUGAAGUUAAUAAAAUGCUAUACCUUCUGCAGACAAUCAUUUGGGAAGGGAUCCUGGGACUUCACAUUAUGAUGUAUUGCCAGUGUUGGUAAAAAAAAAAAAAAAAAAAACCUGAAGCAGACUACACGCUGCACACAUAUUUGAAUAGCAAUGUAUUUUACAAAGUUUUAAUACUGCAGUAACAGUUUGAGAAUUAGUACAAUGAAGUUGUUUUUGAUCUCCGAUCUCUUAAUUUAGAAAUGUAAAUAGUGUACAAAGAAAGGGUGUAAAUAUCUUUUAUAAUAUUAUGUACAUCGUUUGUAAAUCAUGUAAUUUCACCUUGCCGUUGAUUAAAUUAUUGAUAAAAAGAGAAAUUUUACACUUGCUACAUA